CGUAGCGAGACGAUUCUCACAGCUCAAGUUCAAGCUCUGAAGCUCCCUACUACUGCUACUGCUGCUGAGCCCUGCCCUAUACCUUAAAGAACGGUUCGGUGUGUCCAUUCGCGGUUUGAUGCGCGGUUUUAUCCGAAGAAGUGAAGUGCAGUGCUGAUUUUUUUGUGCGGAACAGUGUAUGCGGGGGUGGUGCAGGGGAACGCACCCGCCAGCCUGAAUGCGGUUAUCCUGAACUUGAACUGUGAUCGAUCGAUCGAAGGCCCCACCAAAGACUGUGGAGAAAGCUAUCUUUGGUCUGGUGGGGAAGUUAAUACGGUUUGACUUCCGUGGGUACGACCGCAAGCUUUCGGUUAGUUGUGACGGGUUUGUGCGUUGACAUGCGAAGCAACUGAAACAAUGGAUUUAAGUGAAAAUUUGAUAGCAUGAGAUAGUGAGAAUGUGUACAAAGCAGUGAAAAAUUGUCCAAGGCGUGUUCCUGGUUGAAAUUGAAAUAGUGGUUAGAGUAGUGUACGUGGGUGUGUGCGCGAAAAAACGUUCACCGUCGGUAUCUGGGUGUACGCAAUUAAAUCACGCAUAAAAGAGUUCCGUUCGUCGAUAUAGAUAUAGAUAUACGAUCUACUAGCGUCAGUUGACCACCGAAUAAACCCGCGCGCCGAGUGACUAAUAAUAAUCGAUUGUGUCAACAUUGAAUGGUGAGAGUGUGUGUGUGUAUGCAUAUUAACGAAGAAAUCGCGAAAGUAGUUAGUAUUCAUCACGGCGCACAGCCAGGUUUUGCAUCAAGUGAGUAAUACCACAACACGAUCGCUGUUGUUCGAUUCUGCUGUGAACUGCUUCGCGCAUAAAAAGCCUUCAAAAUUGCUCCGAAAACUUCGUUCCGAAUGCAUUUGCCCAGCGGUGGAACCACGGCAGCAGCGAUAACACCGGGCGGCACCAGCGCCAACGCAAAUACAGCGCCGACGGUCCCGACCGAGUGGGACAUCUACAAGGACGAGGAGAUGCUGGAACCGCCCGCCGGAAGUAACAACAAUGCGGAGAAUAGUUCGCCCAGCCCGGGCGGAACCGGCGAUUUGUGGUGGAUCGAACGGUUGGUGAUGGAGGCGCAGCAGGAAUAUCCGGGAGAGUUGGUGCGAACCGGUAGUCCAUAUUUCCUCUGUUCGGCGCUGCCGAACCACUGGCGAUCGAACAAGACGCUGCCGAGUGCCUUCAAGGUGGUGUCACUUGGGGACGUCUGCGACGGGACGAUGGUGACGAUCCGGGCCGGUAACGACGAGAACUUCUGCUCCGAACUGCGGAACUGUACAGCUGUGAUGAGGAACCAAGUGGCCAAAUUUAAUGAUCUCAGAUUCGUGGGCCGAAGCGGGCGAGGGAAAAGCUUUACACUGACGAUUACCGUUUCCACGACGCCUCCCCAGAUUACGACCUACGGCAAAGCUAUCAAAGUGACCGUGGACGGACCAAGGGAACCCCGCUCAAAAACCAAUAUGCCUCAACUGCGGCCUCCACCUCUGCACCGGUUUCUGGAACAGCCUGCAUUCAGCCACUUUCCGGCCCGGUUCAAUUCCAGCUCUAGCAAAGCCUCCCUCAAUACCUACAGUGCAAGUACAAAUCAUCACCACGGCAGCAACAGUGGCAGUUCCAGUCUGAACACCAGCGUCGAAUCAACCAGCGAUUACAAGCCGAACAUUACCCUGCCAGAUUACAGCAACGCGACAGAUUGGCCUAAUGGGCUGAAUUCAUCCACAACGGCGGCUUACGUUAGCAAUUAUUCGCCGAUUCAAACGACGCCGCCUUCCUACGGCGGAUACGAUCCAUGUCCGAUGGCGGAACACCCCAACUACAAUCUUCCAACAGUACUUCCAGAUACCGCUCAAACCUACCAGGAAUACUACAGUCUCCCACCGGCUUCCAGUUCAACACCGCACCAAGCCAUGUCCCAUGGGUAUGUAUCCAAAACAGCCGAUCUGGACGGUUCCUAUGGUCCCUACAGCCAAUGGGCGAACGGUUACGGAAGCUAUCAGUACAAUACCGCAUGUCCUCCACCGUUGCCCCCACCGCAACCACAGUAUCCUUCAACAGCACCGGCCAUGGUCCUUUGCCCACAAAUGUUCAGCACAGUCAAUCAGAACCAAAUCCAUGUACACCUGCAUGGCACCGGCAGUGAAAAACUCGAACAGUACCUUGGAGGUUCAGAGAACGGAUUUACGAUCAAUCCAAUUUCGACCGGGGGUACGCGACCCUCGGCGUCGGCCGUCGAAAUCGGUAUCGGCACCCACGACAACAGCAGCCUGAUGAGCCACGACGGCAGUCAACAAGCACAACAGCAGCAACAUCCUGGUGAUGUUGUUAGUGAUCCACAGGAGAGCCGCGAGGAAACGGUAACAGGCGAUCCGAGCAGCGUUUGGCGGCCCUACUGAUGCUACGAGUUUUAAGGGGGCUCUUCUAGACUGAUUUUAUUUCGGCGAGAUAUCUUUGUUUUCAACUGCAAAUGAACUAGAUUUACCCCAUUUGCCAAUGCAGAACCAAUCGCUCAAAUACUUUUGAUUGUAGGAAUAAACGUACUCUCUUUCUCUCUUUAAUUGUUUAGUAGCUAAUUUACGUAUAGGAUAAUUUAUGCGAGAUCUGUGUAAGAAUCGACAAAAUUUGUUAGUUGAAAAUAUUCCAGCGAUGCGGAAAAUUCCAUUAGCUGUAUUGAACUUGUUUCAUGUACCUACGUACCAAGCAGAUAGAAGUAGUAAGUCUUCUUUGAGGAACAAAAGGAAUGGUAGAAAAAUGUAAAAUUACAAAAUGAGCACAG